AAUGAGGUGUCACGGAUAGGCGGCACUAAUGAGGUGUCACGGAUAGGCGGCACUGAUAGGCGACACUGAUGAUUGGUACUGAUAGCACUGAUAGGUGGCACUGACUGGCAUCACUGCUGGGCACUGACUGGCGGCACUGCUGGGCACUGGUGGCUGGCACUGGUGGGCACAGGUGGGUGGCACAGGUGGGUGGCACUGCUGGGCACAGGUAGGUGACACUGCUGGGUGGCACAGGUGGGUGCAAUGCUGGGCACAGGUGGGUGCACUGCUGGGCACAGGUGGGCGGAGCUAGUUGGCGCACUGCUGGGCACAGGUGGGUGGAACUUGUGGGUGGCACUGCUGGGCACCGAUCAUCAGGGCACUGAUGAUCACGUGUCAUUGGACACAGCUGAUCACGUGGUAAAAGGCCGCUGUGAUUGG